GCUUGGGUUGUAAAAUUUACAAAAAUUUUAUCAAAAAAAUAUCAAAUAAUUCUCAUUUAAGCUUUACUAAAAAGAAUAUUAAAAAAUUCGCUUUAAAGCCAUACUAAAAAAAGAUUAGAAAAUUCCUAUUUAAGUCAUUCGCUACGUUCGCUUGAGUUGUAACAAUCACCAAAUUUACACAAAUGUUACUGAGAAAACAUCAAAAACAAAUUCAUUAACGCAAGGUUAAACAAAAACAAAAAAAUUCACAUUGAAACCACUCGCUACGUUCGCUAGAGUUGCAAAAAUCAAUAAAUUUACAAAAAUCUUACAAAAAAACAUCAUAUAAUUCUUAUUUAAGCUUAACUAAAAAGAAUAACAAAAAAAGCGCAUUGGAGCCAUACUAAAAAAGUUUAAAAAAACAUCACUUAAGUCACUCGCUACGUUCGCUUGAGUUGUAGCAAUCACAAAAAUUACAAAAAUCUUACUUAAAAAACAUCAAAAAUAUAUAAAAAACUUCAAAUAAUUUUCAUUUAAGCUUUACUAAAAACAACAAAAAAUUCGCAUAAACAUAUUAGAAAAACAAAAAUAUUCUCAUUUAAGCCACUCGAUACGUUCGCUUGAGUUGUACAAAUUACAAAAUUUACAAAAAUUUUACGAAAAGAACAUCAAAUAGUUCGCAUUUAAGCUUCACUAAAAAGAAUAACAAAAAAUUCACAUUUUAGCCAUACUAAAAAAAAAAUUAAAUUUUUUUAUUGAUGUCACUCACUACGUUCGCUUGAGUUGCAGAAAUUACAAAAUUUACAAAAAGCUUACUUAAAAAACAUUAAAAAAUUCGAAUUUAAGCCAAACUAAAAAAUAUAAAAAAAAUCCCAUUUAAGACACUCGCUGUGUUCGCUUCGGUUGUAAAAAUUAAAAAACUACCAGAAAUCUUACUAAAAAAACAUAAAAAAAUUCGCAUUCAAACCAUAUUGAAAAAAUAAAAAUAUUCUCAUUUAAGCCACUCGCUACGUUCGCUUGGGUUGUAAAAAUCAUUAAAAUUUACAAAAAUUUUACCAAAAGAACAUUAAAUAAUUCUCAUUUAAGCGUUACCAAAAAUACUAACAAAAAAUUCGCAUUGAAGCCAUGCUAAAAAAAACAUUAAAAAAUUUUCAUUUAAGCUACUCGCUACGUUCGCUUGAGUUGUAACAACCACAAAAAUUUACAGAACUGUUACUGAGAAAACAUCAAAAAAUUCGCAUUUAAGCCAUACUAGAAAAACUAAAAAAUUCUCAUUGAAUCACUCGCUACGUUCGCUUGAAUUGCAGAAUCACUAACUUCACAAAAAUCUUACUAAAAAAACUUCAAAUAAUUUUCAUUUAAGCUUUACUAAAAACAACAAAAAAUUCGCAUUUAUACCAUAUUUAAAAGAACAAAAAUAUUCUCAUUUAAGCCACUCGCUAUGUUUGCUUGAAUUGUAAAAAUCACAAAAUUUACAAUAAUUUUACCAAAAACCAACCAAAAAAAAAUUAAAAAUUCUCAUUUAUGUCACUCGCUACGUUUGCUUGAGUUGUAACAAUUACAGAAAUGUUACUGAGAAAACAUCAAAAAAAUUGCACUAAAAAACAAAAAAAUUCGCAUUUACGCCAUAUUAAAAGGACAUCAAAAAAUUCACAUUUACGCCACUCGCUACGUUUGCUUGAAUUGAGAAAAUAUCAAAAUUUACAGAAAUUUUAGUAAAAAAACAUCAAAUAAUUUUCAUUUAAGCUUUACUAAAAAAAAUGACAAAAAAUUCACAUUGGAGUCAUACUAAAAAAACUUUAAAUAAUUUUCCUUUAAGCCACUCGCUACGUUCGCUUGAGUUGCAAAAAUCACUAAAUUCACAAAAAUCUUAAUUAAAACACAUCAAACAAUUCGCAUUUAAGCCAAACUAAUAAAAAAAAUUAAUUCUAUUUAAGACACUCGCUACGUUCGCUUGAGUUGUAAAAAUCACAAAAUUUAGAAAAAUUUUACCCAAAAAAAAAAAACAUUAAACAAUUCUCAUUUAAGCCACUCGCUACGUUCGCUUGAGUUGUACCAAUCACAAAAUAUACCGAAAUUUUACUAAAAAUCCGCAUUUAAGCCUCUCGCUGCGUUCGCUCGAGUUGUAAAAACUUACAGAAAUCGUCGCUUUGGCCUUUGACUUUUCCUCCACUAUCUUCCCCCCAAGCGCCAGAGCGGCAAAAACGAUGAAACAACAAACUGUGACCAAAACUCGAGCCAUGAUUGUCUUCUACUAAAUUUAUUUUUGCCUCGACCACUCAAUAUAUAACCCCACAAACACGUCAAAAAUUCAACUGUCAACAAGUACAAGUGUUUAUUGACCCAAACCAAUUAGGGUUUUAUCAGAUUGUGUGAUUUUUUCACGUAAACUGAUCAUAAAUCAUUGUUUUUUAACCUAUUUACUCUCCUAAAGUUCGAAGAAGUGUUAUCGACACGAGAUCUGUGAGAUAACUCGAAAAAAAUAAGUAAAAAUCGCUUCGAAUUUAUAUUCAACAUUGGUUGCUAGGCAACACUAGGGCACGGCCAAUAGGAGAAGGCCAUUUGUACCGUUGCUAUGACAACUGUCAUGAGAAUUUGGAACGCACUCUGUUACAAACACUGGUUGCUAGGCAACACUAAGGGCACAGCCAAUAGGAGAAGGCCAUUUGUACCGUUGCUAUGACAACUGUCAUAAUAAUUCGGAACGAACUCUGUUACAAAAUUCCGAUCAAAAAGUCAACAAUUGGGUCAGUUUGAGUAUUUUUCCCACGAUUAAAAACACUCGAGAUUGUUUACCCCUCGGUAUAUAAGCACACUAAACUCGAGUUUUCUUCAAAUUGAACCAAAAUGUCGACUUUUGUGGUUCUUGUCGCUCUUUGUGCAAUCGUAGCGAGUGCGAAAGUCUUGCCCAAAAGUGACACCCCUUCUGAGGUUGUGAUUCACGCCACUAAUGUGACUCAAGUCCCGUCAAUACACUACAUUGUGGACGCUGUUGAGUGUCUCAAGGAGGCCUACGCUGUGUAUUCCGAGCCUGUGGAUAAAGCCAAACUUUAUUCCGAAUUGUUCCAAGAGAAGCACAAUGAGUCGGAGUGGAAUGUUGCAGUUGGCUACACUGCAGUGCACAUCAAGUCCAAGUGGUAUGUGGAAACCACCGUCUCCGAAGGCGGGAAAAACAAGGACAAAAAGGACAAGAAGGAUAAGGAUACCAAGUUCCUAAUUUUCUCAAAAGUGUAGUUAGUUAGAAAAAUAAAAUUUAGAAUUUAAAAUA